AUGAAUCGUAAGACGCAAAGAGCCACAAAUCAACUAGUGCUCUUUGCCUCCAUCCUCCUAUUCAUUAUUUACCUCAACCGCCCACAAUCCGAAGACAAAACUUUCUCAUGGACUAAAAUCCGCUACAAGACGACAUCCCGCACCAUCCCCGAAUCCCGAGGCAUCUGUCCAAAACUAUCCGGCUCCAAAAAACCCGCUCUGAUCGUCUCGCACGUAGCCGCAGACGGAGAUCCGAAAUGGCUCGAUAAACUAUCAUCCGACUACCAUCUCUGCAUGUACAAUGUCGAUGCCCCAGUCGACAAGAACUCGGUCUACCUCCAAGUCCCGGCAAACCGCGGCCACGAAGCAAUGGCAUACCUGACGUUUAUAAUCGACAACUACGCCGAGAUACCCGCCGCCGGUGCGGUAUUCGUACACGGAUCCCGAUGGGCAUGGCACAAUGAUGCGCCGGAUUAUGAUAACGCGGCUCUACUCUCCGUGCUGAAUAUACCCGUUGCAUUGGAGUUAACGGGAUACUACAAUCUGCGUUGUGAUUGGAGUACAAGUACCUGUCCUCCAACGGUAGCCGCGCAAGGAAGUUUGGAAAUGCGUCUGCAAUCCACAUUGGAACCGUGGAGUGCGCGCGCAGCAUCCGAUACCGCACUACCCCGGGCACUGGCAUCUAUAUUCGGCGGAGAAGAUUACACGGCUGCAGAGCGUAAAGCCCAGCUGGAACUUCGACGGACGGAUGCUGUGCGAUCACAAUGCUGUGCGCAGUUUGUCGUUUCGCGGGAGCGCAUAUGGCAGCAUUCGCGGUCGGAGUACGUCGCUUUGCGACAGUGGUUGCUUGAUGGGAUUGAGGACCCUCGUAGCUCUCAGACACAUGGUGGACCGGCUGCGCCUUUGGAUGAUCGAGUUGCUGGGCGGAUCUUAUCUUAUAUGUGGCAUAUACUAUUUGCGAAACCGAAUUCCGAUGGGGAAUUGGAGUUGCGCCAGCUGAAUAAGGAUGCUUGUCCUAGUGCUGGUGAUUGCUAUUGUCGGUUGUAUGGGCGGUGUGAUCUUAAAUGUCCUAAUCCUGGGACUUGUUGGGGACAGUAUAAGAUUCCGCCUGAUUAUAAAUUACCCAGUGACUGGGCGGAUACGCAUUCAUGA